AUGGUCGAGAAUCGUCGAGCCGGAAACGUGCGCGCGAAAAAGGCGCAACCGCCAAUUUUUUCGCAUGAAUUCGUCAUUCAGAAUCAUGGAGACAUAAUGAGCUGCGUUCUGAUGAUCGUCAUCGUCGGCAUGAUGUUCCCAUUGACGGCCAGCGUUGCUCACAUCUUCGUCGGACCGCAAUACAAUGAGAGCCGCAAGGUGACGGUGGAAGGAAAUACGUUCGACGUCACCGGCUUCAAGUGCGGAGUUCUCGACAUCGCCACGAUUGCGUUCUAUUCGAUCGCUUGGAUCGUCAUUCACGCCAUCAUCCAAGAGUACGGAUUGGACAAAUUGCAAAGAAAAGCGCACUUGUCGAAAAUCUCCACGUUCAAAUUCACCGAAUCCGGCCAUAUGUUCUUUUUCGCGAUUUGCUCGGCGAUCAGUGCCGGUUAUUUGAUUCAGGAGAUUUUUGCCGGCACGAACGACUUCAAAAGAAUUUGGGUGGGAUAUCCGGAAGAGCACCGCUGGAUGACGUCGCUCUACAAGAUUUUCUUCAUUUUGCAGAUCUCUUACUGGCUUCAUCAAUUCCCGGAAUUUUAUUUCCAAAAGAUGAAGAAAGAUGAAAUUCGUCAGAAAAGUCUCGUUUCGAUCAUCUACAUGGUGUUCAUCUCGCUUGCAUAUUUUAUGAAUUUCACACGAGUCGCCCUUGUACUCCUUUUCCUUGAAUACACCUCGCAGGCGGUGUUCCAUUUUGCGCGAGUUGCACAUUUCUUGGAGAAGAAGAAUAUCUCGAAGCCGACCUUCAAAAUCUGGAAUGUGCUGUUUGUGCUGGUUCGCAUUGGAUCCGUCGUCAUUGCUGUGAUGACGUUCUGGUACGGACUUCGCCAAUUCGAAGCGCCGUACGUCGACGCGUCUACCGGCAACUUCAACACCUCGUUCGUUCGCCUCAAUCUCCUCCUCUCGAUCGUCCUUUUGCAAUUGGUGCAAUUUUGGACAUUCGCUUCGUUCCACUUGAAUCGUUAUCGCGACUCGGGAAGCAAGGGCAAGAAGAAGGGAUCGCAGAAGCAGCAGCAACAACAGCAGCAGCCAUUGAAGAAGAAGAGAAAUGAGGACUCGCAAUCGACAUCGAUGAAUUGGGAUCGGCGGACUCGUGUGGCAACAUGCACUGUCAACAAUUGGGCUUUAGACUUUAAAGGAAAUUAUGCGCGGAUUGUGAAAACUUGUGAUGAUGCCUAUUUAAUGGGUGCUCGCAUUCGUCUUGGUCCAGAGUUGGAGAUUUGCGGAUAUGGUUGCGCUGAUCAUUUCUUUGAGAUCGACACCGAACUCCAUUCAUGGGAAAUGUUGAGCAAAUUGACGGAGAAGAGCAAAACGUGGCCGAAUCUGCUUAUUCUCACCGGAUUGCCGGUUCGAUUCCGCGGAUUGCUUUAUAAUUGCAUGGCUGCGGUGAAAAAUGGAAAAUUGCUGUUCAUCCGCGCGAAAUUGGGCCUCGCCGAUGACAAUAUUUAUCGAGAAUCACGAUAUUUCGUGAAAUGGACCGAACCAUUCGUUCAUUAUGAGCUGCGAAUUCGAGAGGAAUUUUAUUUUGAGCAGACGAGCGUCCCAUUCGGCGACGCCAUCCUUCAAUCAGAAGACAAUGUCAAAAUCGGAUUCGAGAUUUGCGAGGAGAUGUGGAACGCACAAUCGACCCAUAUUGCCCUUUCGCAGCAGGGUGUUGAUAUUAUCUGCAACGGAAGCGGUAGUCAUCAUAUCCUUGGAAAAUCUAAUUAUCGCAUCAAUCAACUGAUCUUAGGAUCGUCGGGAAAGGUUGGAGGAGUUUACAUUUAUGCGAAUCAUCGAGGUUGCGAUGGUGAGCGUGUCUAUUAUGAUGGAGCAUCAUCGAUUGCUCAGAACGGGGAGCUUCUGGCGCAAAUUAAUCAAUUUGAUAUUGAAGAUACUUGCGUCAAAAGCGCUCUUGUCGAUCUCAGCGCGAAUAUCACAUUUAGACAGGGAAAAAGUAGCAGCACGGUUACGGCUUCCACGAUUCCGGCGAUUGUUCCGAUUCUUUUUGAAGGAAACAUGACUGGAAAUGUGGCGAGUCCAUUGGAAAAAUGUACACCGCCGAUUACUAACUUUGAGGAACUUCAACUUUCGCCGACCGCUGAACUCUGUCACGGACCACCAGCAUAUCUAUGGACAUAUUUGAGAAGAAGCGGAAUGGCAGGCUACUUCAUUCCGCUUUCCGGUGGCCAGGACUCAUCGGCAGUUGCAGCUAUGGUUCGACUAAUGUGCGAGAAAGUUUGCGGCGCUGUGAGACAUCGCCGAUUGACUGAUGGCGGUGAUGAUCCCGCUUACUACCUUCUCGGAAAACGAGUUGGCGAGGAUCCCGAUGAAUUAUGCCGACAGGUACAUUAA